UCGAUGUAGGUAUCGAUGAUUGUCCACCUCCACCUUCACCGCACUUGUGCGAACGUAUUUUAAUAAUAAAUUGAAUUUAUUAAUUAAAACCGAGCAAUCCGGCCAUGGCAUCCAUCCUGAGGACGGGCAAACUGCUGCGUUACUUCGCUGGCUUCACGAGAAACGUGGUCGUGAACUCGGUGCGCGAGAACGAGACGAGCAAUCUGCUGAGCAAUGCGCCGUGCAUGUGCGGACAGUUCCAGAAUGGAUUUGCAACGAAUGCCGCAGCAAAAGCGGAGCUGACCCUGGACAAGCAGAUUCGCCGACUCGACCACGAUGUGCGGCGCACUGGACGCAUUUCGCGGCGGGAUCUGGAGGAGGUGCUCGACGAGAUUCGCACACACAGGACGGCCACCAGUUCGCAAUCGCUGCUGGUGAUCCGCUGCUGCGGCAACUUGGUGCCCGAGGAGCUGCCGGAGGUCAGAACGGCCCUGGUGCAGGAGAUCUGGAAGACCCUGAAUGCCCUGAACGUGCCAAUGGACAUCUCGCACUACAAUGCCCUUCUUCGGGUUUACUUGGAGAACGAGCACGGCUUUGCGCCCACCGACUUUCUGGCCGAGAUCGAGGCCAAGGGUAUUGAGCCCAACCGGGUGACCUAUCAGCGCCUGAUUGCCCGCUAUUGCCAGCAGGGAGACAUCGAAGGAGCCACCAGGAUUCUGGAGUUCAUGCGGGCAAAGAGUCUGCCGGUCAACGAGAAUGUCUUCAAUUCGCUGAUUCUGGGACAUUCGCAGGCCAACGAUUUGGAGUCCGCCAAGGGCAUUCUGGGAGUGAUGAAGCAGGCGGGAUUGGAGCCCAGUGCGGACACUUACACCACGCUUCUGUGCGCCUUUGCCCGCCAUGGCGAUCUGGCUGCCCUAAGGGAAACGCUAACCGAAUGUGAGCAGAAGGAGGUCAUUUUGCUGGACAAGGAUUUGCUGGACAUCGUGUACACUCUCACUGUUAAUGGCAAUGGCGAGCAGGUGGAUGAGAUUCUGCCCAAGCUGCGACUCUCGCCCGGGUUCAAUCAGGAUGCAGUGAAUGUGAUCCUUCGCCUGGUCAACAAGGGACACGAGGAUGUCGGCCUGAAGCUCCUUCGAGUGAUGCCGAGGAGCAAUCGUGUGAAUGGCGAACCCGUGGAUGUGGGCGCCUUCUUUAUCAGGCAGAUGGUAAAGGCCAAUCGGCCAGUGGAGAAGAUCUUGACCAUCUGCAAGACUCUGCAGGCCGAAGGUCUCAAUCCCAAGGCCUUGACCAUUGCCACCGAAGCUGGUCUGACCAAUGGCGUGGUGAACAAUGCUCUUCCCCUGCUGCAAGAGAUGAAGAAUGCAGGUUUGCCCAUCAGACAGCAUUACUUCUGGCCUCUGAUCUGUUCCGCGGAAUCGAAUCAAGUUUUGGAAAUCGUACGUCGCAUGCAGCAGGAGUUUGCCGUGUUUCCCAACUCCGAAACGGUCAGGGACUAUGUGAUUCCUAACCUAAAGGAGAAGAACUGGGAGCGAAUUGUGACCGCUUUGAGGGAUGCCGGAGUUCCCAACUCCACUGCCGUAACCUCGGCUGUCUACUCCGCUCUGGUGACCCACCAAAUUGCCGAUGCGGCCAAGAUUAUGGAGCAGAACAGGGCUUACUAUGUGCCGUUCCUGUUCAGACAGCCUUUGAUCCUGGCCCUAAGUCACACCAACGAUUUCGCCUCCUUCAUCCGCUGUGUCCGCCAAAUUCACGAGGGCCUGCAGUUCAGACAAGGCAAGGAGGAGGAAGUUGAGCAAGUGGAGGGCGGAGCCGCCGCUCCCACGGAGCGCAGCACUCCCGAUGUGGUGGGUGCGAUUCUCCAGGAGGCCUUCACCUAUUUCCGGCGGGAUCGUGCGGCUACGCUGGAGAAAAUCCUCAAGGGAUUGGUCAAGCAGGGUCUGUCCAUCAGCAGUGCCAAGGCCUCGCAGUUAUCCGAGCAAUUGGGUUCGGAAUUGACUCCAAGGAUCUCCGAACUUUUGGGAAAACUGAGCUCAGGUGAACUGGAGCUAGUUCCUCUGCCAAGUAGUGGAAAGCGAAGCUUGGACUCCCUCUCCAUUGAUGAACUUGAACGUUUCAUUGUUAAUGUGGAGGGCAAAGGCGAGAAUGCCAAUAACAUCAAGAGACAACUAUUGAAUGCCUGCUUCCGAUCCCAGAACCUAGACAAAACCCUUCAGGUCAUCGAGAAACUGGAGACGGAGAAGUUCCAGAUCCCCAUUGGAAUACAUGCCCAGCUCAUCGACCUCUAUACGCACCACAAGAAAAGCCCAGAAGCUUUGGAGGCCUAUGACAAACUGAAGGCCAAGGAUGCCACCUUCCAGUUGGAUAACUUAAAGGCUGUUCGUCUGGCUGAUCUCCUCCUGCAAGAGGAACGUGUGGAUGCCGCCUUCAAAGUGCUGGAGGAUAACAAAAAGGAUUCUCCGCUAGCCGAAAGCGAGGGAAGCUUUAAUUAUGUGAGCACCGUGUGGAGAAUUUUGAAUUCAAUUGCCGAGGCCGGUGAGCCGGAAAAGCUGCGAAAACUAUUCGAUGCCCUGGUGGCUGGCAAUUACGUUGUGCCCACUAACGUCCUUCUCGGGCCACUGAUCAAGGUUCAUCUGGUAAAGGAUGACAUUCCCAGGGCCAUCGAAGCCUUUGAGGAGAUCUGCCAGAAGCACAAAUCGACUCCGUGGAAGAAUGAGUUAGCCUGCCGCUUGAUCCAGAAAGAGGAUGCAGCGAAUCUGCAGAAACUAACAGAUUUGAGUACUGGCAUUCAUGGGGAGGUUAACAGCUUGUACGAUCUGGUGUUCUCCUUCGUGGAGUGCGGUCGUGUGCGGCAGGCCAGGAAGAUCCUGGAGACACCCGGUCUGCGUUCCCGUCCCCAGAGAAUCAGCAGUGCCUGUGAUCGCUACAAAAACGAGGGCCAACUGCAGCCUCUGGAAGGCCUCAUUGAAGCCACCAAGGAUCUGGGUCACAUCGAUAGAAACAAGAUCUACUACACACUGCUGUUGAGCUAUGACAAAGCUGAUGAAGCGGAGAAGGCCCUUGGAUUGUGGACCAAAAUGCAGGAGGAGUCUGUGACGCCCAACGAUGCUUUCCUGUUGAAGCUGGCAGAAAUCCUGAGGAGAAAAAACAUUGAUGUGCCUUUUGUGGUGCCCGAAACUCAAAGGGAACAAGCCAAAGCUAGGAAGAGCAAAGGCAAAGAAGAUCAGGUGAAGGCAGAUGCAAUUAACGAAACAGUCAAAAUCGCAGAUCAGCCCAAGGAGAAGGCACCAAAGAAGCAGCAAACUAAAGCGGAAGAAGUAAGGACCAGUCCGCCACCCAAAACCGUUUCCCAUUUGUCUGGCUUCCGCAAAGCCAUCUUGGCCAAUGAUCCGGACGCAGCCAUAUCCCAUAAACAAAGUUUUCUUAGUGGAGACAAAGUGGGGGCCUUGGACAUUUCCCGUCUGAUUGAACUCCUGGUUCGCGCUGAUCGUUUGACCGAGGCCACCAAAUACGUUGAGGAACUGCUGGGCGACAAGCUGCACCCUCAGCCCAAGAUCUUCAAGUUUUACCUGAACAAAAUUGCCGCUGCUGGGGAUUUGGCAACGCUUGAGAAGAUUGGCCAGCAGCUGAACGAGGAGCAAAAGCGUCUGGUUUCGUUUGACAAUCGCUUCUGUCAUGCUAAUAUUGUGGCCGGAAAGGCGGAGCAGUUCCUAAAGCACCUGACCACGGAAAUCGAAGCAGCCAAGAAUGCUGAGGAGGCCACCAAGCUGGCCGAGAAGUUCCCACGCGGAGGAGCUGUGGGCAUUUUGGACAAGCACCCGGAAUUGGUGCCACAAUACCAAUCCCUGGCUGAGAAGUUUGCCGCCCACAAUCAACUGGGACCCAUGAAUGUCCUGUGGAUGCAUCUGAUUUCCAGCGGACAGGAGGCGGCCUCCAAGGAGAUCUGGGACAAGCACCUGUCAAAUGCCCCAAGGUUGAUGUUCCAGCGCGUUUUGCAGACGGCACGGGAGCAGCAGGACGAGAAACUCGCCGCCACGGUCAUUUCCCAGCUGAAGAACAGCAAAAUCUCGGAGGGAGCGAUCGGCAAUGCAUACUCCUGCCUCAUCGACAUCCAGACGACCAAGGGAAACUCCGACAAGGCCAUGGACGCACUGGCCAAUGCCAUUAAGGAUGUCUCGCUGGAGAACAUCAACAGGACGGCGCUGCUCCGCUUGAAACAGGCGGUGGAGGAGAAGUCGCAGAAGUUCCCCUACACGAUUCCCGAGAAGCGAACAAAGGCCGAUGACUCCAGCUCCUCUUCGUCCUCCUCGUCCUCCAGCGACGACGAUGUGUCGCCAUCGAUACCCGAAACCGUUCCACCCAAACCGGACAGCAAGGCUUAUAUUUCGCUUAUCGGUAUUUAUGUUCUAUCGAUAUUUAAAGGCACACGAGAUUUUAUCGGCAAGCGAAGGCGUUUGGGGAUUUUACUGGAGAAUCUAUCGCCGCGUUGUCAAUUUUCCCAAAUUAACCGCGCGAUGGGGGAAAGCGAUGCCGAGAGUGAUUCCAGCAGCAGUUCCAGCAGCAGCGGGACUUCCAGUGGCAGCGACAGCGACGCCAGGAGCGAGUCCUCGUCCUCCUCGAGCAGCGGCCGGGAGGAAGAGGAAGCAACGCAGAAGAAAUCCGCCAAAGAUGCGAAUAAAACUGAUAGAAAGGACAUCGAGGGGGAUAGCGAUAAGAGAAAAGGAGCUAAUAGGGACGAGGAUCCGACUUCCCAGCGAAGAACUCCUGUGGAAAGCGAGCCCGAUCAAAUUUCCCAUUCUGCUGGCGUGGAAAAGCGGCAAGAAGAAGCAGCAGCUGUCGCGGCGGAAACUGAGAAAUUAAAUGAAGCGGAAAAAGAAAAAAAACCUGAAGUAGAAACACCUGUCCAACGACAAGAGGAAGCAGAAGCCACAGGUGUGACUAAAGAGCUGGAAACUCCGAAGGCCCAAGAAGAGCACACCGAAAAAGAAGCAGAUGAGGGGCGAAAUGUGGAAGAGCAGCCGGUGACCACCAAUGGAAGUACUGGAAGCAGCAAGGAAUCGGCAGAGGCAACAGCGGAGAACCACAUCGAAGAGGGCGAAAUUACGGACAAAGACGAUGAUGACGUGCCGCCUGCUAAUGUGAGUGAAAAAUCCGCCGCCACCAAGGGGAGUCCAACCCAAGAGACCCACCGCCAACGAAGCCGCAGCCAGGAUGAAAAGCGCCGCCGCCCACGAUCUUCGAGCAGAAGUCCUUCGCCCCGCAGCCGUCAACAUCGUCGCUCGAGGAGCAGGAACAGUAGAACCCGCAGCGGCAGUGGCAGUCCCAUCCGCCGCAGGUCUAACUCCCUGGAGAGAAGGCGUCUAGAGCGACAGAGACGACAUGAGGAGCGGGAUAAGCGCGAUGAGGAAAGGGCUAAGGAGCGGGAGAAGCGCCAUCAAAAGCGGGGCAAAUCCGGCAGCAGGCGUAGAGAUGAUUCCAGGGAAAGGAAGAGGUCUUCAGAUCGCAAAAGAGAUCGAUCUACCUCUAGCCCGGGAUCCAAGUCUUCCAAAACAGCUCGCAAUCCUGAACCAAGUAAUGCUGAUAACGAAACCGUCACCGAGCCUGCUGCCAAAAUCACAGAGCGUCAAAGGAAGACUGUAGAUGUGUUGACAUCCCGCACGGGAGGAGCCUAUAUUCCACCCGCCAAGCUGCGUUUGAUGCAGUCGCAGAUCACGGAUAAAGCCUCCGCUGCCUAUCAGAGAAUCGCCUGGGAGGCUCUCAAGAAAUCCAUCCACGGUUACAUCAACAAAGUGAAUGUAACUAAUAUAGCAAUCAUAACCAGGGAGCUUUUAAGAGAGAAUAUCGUCAGGGGUAGGGGUUUGCUCAGCAGGAGUAUUAUCCAAGCACAGGCAGCUUCGCCCACCUUCACCCAUGUCUAUGCGGCUCUGGUGAGCAUUAUAAACUCAAAGUUUCCGAAUAUAGGAGAGCUGCUGCUCAAACGUCUGGUCAUCCAAUUUCGUAGGGCGUUCCGCCGUAAUGAUAAGUUGGUAUGCAUGUCGGCCACCAGAUUCAUUGGACACCUGGUCAACCAGCGGGUGGCCCAUGAAAUUCUGGCCCUAGAGAUCCUCACCCUGCUGGUGGAAACGCCUACGGAUGAUUCUGUAGAGGUGGCCAUCGCUUUUCUUAAGGAGUGCGGCAUGAAACUGACUGAGGUUUCCUCCAAAGGCAUUGGGGCCAUUUUCGAGAUGCUAAGGAACAUCCUGCAUGAGGGAAAGUUGGACAAGCGGGUGCAGUACAUGAUCGAGGUGCUGUUCCAGGUGCGAAAGGAUGGCUUUAAGGAUCAUCAGGCUGUUGUAUCGGAGCUGGAACUUGUGGAGGAGGACGAUCAGUUCACGCAUCUGAUGAUGCUAGACGAGGCCACCGAGACGGAGGAUAUAUUGAAUGUUUUUAAAUUUGACGACAACUAUGCGGAGAACGAAGACAAAUACAAAGGACUUAGUCGUGAGAUCUUAGGCAGCGAUGACGGGAGUAGUUCUGGGUCAGGUUCCGGGUCGGAUUCGGAUAGCGAUUCGGACGGAGAGUCCGGUUCAGACGCGGAAAACCAAAAGAAAACCGAGGGUGGAGAUAUCAUCGACAACACUGAAACCAAUCUGAUUGCCCUGCGACGCACCAUUUACUUAACGAUUAACUCCAGCUUGGAUUAUGAGGAGUGUGCCCACAAGCUGAUGAAAAUGCAAUUGAAACCCGGUCAGGAAAUAGAACUCUGCCACAUGUUUCUCGAUUGCUGUGCCGAACAGAGAACAUAUGAAAAGUUCUAUGGACUACUGGCCCAACGGUUCUGCAACAUUAACAAGAUCUAUAUACCGCCCUUUGAGGAGAUCUUCAAGGACACCUAUCAAACCACACACAGAUUGGAUACGAAUCGCCUGAGAAACGUCAGCAAGUUCUUCGCCCAUCUCCUAUUUACAGACGCCAUCAGUUGGGACGUGCUAGAGUGCAUUCAACUAAACGAGGAUGAUACCACGUCCUCAAGCAGGAUAUUUAUUAAAAUCCUAUUUCAGGAGCUGGCUGAGUACAUGGGAUUGGGCAAACUGAAUACAAAGCUCAAAGAUGAUGUGUUGGUCGAAAGCCUUGCUGGUUUGUUUCCCAAGGAUAACCCCAGGAACACACGCUUCUCAAUUAAUUUCUUCACCUCCAUUGGCUUGGGUGGACUGACGGAUGAUUUGAGAAGAUUUCUAAAGAAUGCCCCCAAGGCUGUGCCCGCAAUAAAUGCCGAAAUCCUGGUCAACUCCGGAGGGAAUCCCUUUAGAGAUGGCUCUGCUCCCGCUGCAAAUUCAAAGACAGCCCCACCUUCGGCCUCCUCUUCGUCAUCGUCAUCAUCGGACUCCAGCAGCGAAGACUCCAGUGAAGAAGACAAAUCCAGCUCCGAAUCUUCUAGUGAAUCCUCAAGUUCCGACUCCAGCUCAGAGCCCCAGAAGAAACGCAAGCGCAAGGACAAGGGUAAAAUUAAAUCGAAAAAAGGAAGUAAGGAGAAGACCAAAAAGGCCAAGAACAAAAAGGCCGAAAAGAAAAAGAAGGCGGAGAAAGAAAGGAAAAAGGAAAAACUGAGAGCAGAAAAGGAGAGGGAGAGGGAAAAGGAGAAGCAAAGGGAGAGGGAAAAGGAAAGACAGAAGGAAAAUGAGAAAGAGAAAAAGCGCGAGAAAGAGAAACAGAAGGCAGCCAAAAAGAAAUCAAAGCGCAAGAGGAAACGUCAGGAGAGCUCUAGCUCCAGCAGCAGCGAAGAUGGCGAAAAGUCCUCCUCCGAAUCUUCUUCGUCCAGUUCUUCCAGCGAAGAAAGUGAGGCGGAGCCUCAGGCGAAGAUUAAGCGCCAGGAGCAGAUUCAACGAAACAACAAAUUUCGAGGACAACCGCAAGAUAGUGAUGAAUUCAACUUGGAAGGUCCUGAGUCCAGAGAAUCGAAUCGCUAUCAGUCCAAUGGAAAUGGUCAAAGGCGCAGGGAUAACUCCAUUGACAGAGUAAGAAACCGGGAGAAUUCUUCUUACGGCAGAGAGAGAAACCGGGAUAAUUCUUCAUACGACAGAGAAAGAAACCGGAAUAAUUCAUCAGAUCGAGAACGAAGGGUCCCAAAUUUCAUUUCCCAUGAUAGACAACGAAAGCGUGAUAGAUCACUUUCCCAUGAGAAACCACGUAGAAGGGAAAAUUCUUCCCCUCGCGAGAGACGACUUGAAAAGAACAGUCGAGGUGAAAUGGAAGGCAGACGUGGUGACCGUUCGUCCAGAGAUGACCGCGGUGAAAGGUCAGAUCGUGGAGAGAGGUCAGAUCGCAGUGGCCGUGAAAAGGAACGUGAUCGCGGCAAGGAGCGUGAACGUGACAGAGAACGGGAUCUCAGGAGCCAACGAGAACGUGAAAGAGAUCGUGACCGGGAACGCGGUCAAUCCGGUGACCGGGACCGAUCCCGUGAUCGCUCGCGAAGAGAGCGCAGCUCACACCGUUCAAAGGGGCGUGGCUAAACUUGCAGACUGGAGACCGAGACAGACAUAGAUUUGUUUUGAAUAUUUUACUUUAACAAGUGUACAAAGAAAACCCCACUAAGCUGAUAAAACAAAAAUAAAUGUACAAAAUGCAAAUGUCAAAAACUA